GGAUGUGCAAAACGGUAUCGAAUACUAUCGAUAUAGCCAUGACUCAGGCCACUCCUCGCAUUCGGGGAACCAAUGGAUAUAAAAGGCGCAGAGCAAACCCACUAUAGCACAGCCUUAGCGCUAUCUCUUGUGUGGACAAGUGGCCUUAUCGCAAGUUCUCAGAUUUCCCUGUGCGUGCCCCAGAACUGUAUUCUGAGCUUCUUCAAAUUCAAAGCAUCUUCUUACGGAGGAUUGAAUACGAUUUGGUGACCAUUAUUUCCCAUCGCAAUUGUGUGCACAAGCUACAAAUUAGACAUUCUAAAACAAAAAGAUAGUGAUAAACAUGACGGCACAGGUCGACAUUGAAGCUCUGUCAGAUGCCACCAAAGCUUUGGCGGUUAUUUUUAUUUUAGGAAUUCUCGCAUCCAAUAUUUUUUUGCUGUUCAAGUUUCUCCGUAAAGGACGGUUACUCCAGAGUCAACGUAAAUUCCUAGUUAUGACCCUCGCUGGGGGUGACAUUUUCCUGGCUUUGUUUUCUUUGGUUAUCUUAGCUCGUCGUGCUUUUGAAAACGUAUUCUAUAUCUCGUGUAAUACAGAUGUAGUUUCUUCAAUGUAUGCAGAAUGUUUCCUCCCGUUUGUGUAUGGGGUUGGUAUAAUUGUCCUCUGUGGGGAACUCGGUUUCCGGAAAAAACUUCGCUCUUUGAUUCCCAGUCCUUACGUGUCGUCCAUACUGGUGGCCGCGGUACCUUGGAUUGCUGGACUCAUCCUGAUAUUGCCCUUAUAUUUGGCUGGCUUUGAUUAUGUGAGCUGUUCGUAUGGUGAUUCCUUGACAGCUGAUCGGGCAAGGGCUAUUUUUGUCUUUGGCAUCGUCCUUCCUUCAGCCCUGGCUGUGAUCUUCGCUCUCAUGACCAGUUGUAGGAAAGGUGAUGCAAUAUCUGAGUAUUACGACUCUCCUCAAUCUCAAGGUGUCGUGUUUAGUCAGGCAGUGACAACACAUAACGCUCAAGGAUUCCCACAACAGCAGUACUAUCCAGGACCUCCACAACAACAGUACUAUCCAGGACCUCCACAACAACAGUACUAUCCAGGACCUCCACAACAACAAAACCAUCCUGUGCCACCACCACCAACAGCACAACAGCCAUACUACCCUGCCUCUCAGCCACCGGCUUACGUAAGUGGUCCACAAGACGCUGGUCUCAAACAACCCGCCUACCCUCCACAACCGAUGCCCCCUACACAAGCUGUGAUCCAAACACCAGUGAGCUCGACACAGCCACGCUCAGAUCAACAACUGUUGGCCACAGUCAGGAAUGAGCAAAGUACCCUGGUCCUAGUUGCUGUUCUAUACGCUGUUUUGUCAUUGCCGUUUGCCCUCUUCAUACUUGGCUACAAUCUGAACAAGGACCGUGCUUCUCUAGAUCCAAUUCCCAAAGCAAUAAUGUCAAACUUAUUUCAGUGGAUGCUUUAUCUCCGCUCCAUCGUGACUCCUAUUGUUUGGAUAAUCAAGGAGAAAACUUUUGCUUGAAAAGAAAGCAAAACAUAAUUUCUCUAUUGUCAGUUGCAGUGAUGUAGUUAGUUAGAAAUCAAACAAUCUUAUAGAACAUAGUAAAUAUUUUUUAUUCCGCAGGAUGCCCUAAAAUGGAACAAGGUGCUCCGCUCGAAAAAAGAAAUGACUUGACUAAACACACAUAUGUCAGUCUUUAGUGCGUUACAUGACAAUAAUGAAAAGCAGAAGUGCGAACAGCUAGCUUUACUCCCGUUGUACGAGUAGGUCGCCGUCAUUUUGAAAACAUCUUACAUUAUUGGCCACAGAAUAAAUCUGUCGCUCGAAGUAGACCCAGUUCGCUCCCCAGGGAGGAAAAACAUUUUAUCGAGUAUUUUGGUGCUUCUGUUGGGAUGUUAUAUCCUUUUCAGCCCAGCUUUUCAGCCCAGCUUUUCAGCCCAGGUUGGCCCUGGCAGACAGGGUCGAAAUAUUCCGCCUUCGAAAUCAACUAAAUUGUAUGGAUUUAAUUAUUUUAAAAAAAAA